AUGAUAAAGUACAUUGGCGGUUCAGCAUUAGCUAAGGCGAAACCGUUGACAAAGGAUCUAGAUGAUUUGUUGAAUAAAAGAAGGACGACAGUGCUUUUCUCGAUGGGAUCUCUUGCUCGAUCUGUGGAUAUGCCAGAUUGGUUGAAGAGAGAUGUACUAGAGACCUUCGAUUUAUUUUCUGAAGUAACAUUCAUAUGGAAGUACGAAGGCGAUGAUAUUCCUUUUGAGUCCCAUCCAAAUAUAUUUCCUAUGAAAUGGGUUCCACAGACUGAUUUGCUUGCGGAUAAACGCCUCUCGCUUUUCAUCACACACGGUGGUAUGAACUCGUUGAUAGAAGCGACGUAUCAUGGAAAGCCGCUGAUUGUGGUUCCACUGUUUGGCGACCAACAGUAUAACUCGAAACUCGUACAGAAAAGAGGCAUCGCUACAAUUAUUGAGAAAAAUCAGCUCAAUAAAAACACAUUGACGGAAGCUAUACAAGAAAUGCUUAGCAACAAGUAAUU